AUGGCACUCUACUAUAAUCUUGUUUUCGUCCUUUUGGUGGUCGAAAUGGCGUUUUUCGCGAUUCUUUCGCUUCCAUUCCCCAGAAAACUCAGAAAAACCGUGCUCACGACCGUUUCGGCGCCGUUCCGCUCCGAGCAGUUCCAAAUUGCAUUGAAGUGUAUUUUUGGCUUUGUGCUCGUGUUGUUCAUUGACUCUGUGAACCGUGUAUACGCCGUCACUGCCGAGUUGCAAAGUAUUUCUCCAAACAACAUGAGCCCCACCAAUGUGCUCAACGAUCGUGCCGAGGUGCAGUCACGCCGUUUCUACGCGCAAAGAAACAUGUACCUUUGCGGCUUCACGUUGUUUUUGACGCUUAUUUUGACCAGAACGUACUCGUUGGUGGCCGAGUUGAUUGAGACAAAGGAUAAGUUGGAUGUUUUGGGCAAGGAGGUGGACACCCCUGAAUCUUCCGAAGUCACCGCUUUGAAGCAGUCGUUGAAGGAGAAGGACCAGCAGUUGGAGACGUUGAAGGAGCAGGCCGCCGCGUUGUCUGGCGACUAUGAUUCUGCCACCACCAGAAGAAAAGUAUGA